AGUAAGAAAAAGCCCCUUCUCAUUUUCUUGUUCUCUGGCUCCCAGCGACCGGCAGCCGUACCCGCGCCUCCGAUAUAUUUCUUCCGGCAGCCCCUUGGCGGGAAAUUUUAUUUCUUCUUGUCGCAUCUCCUUUUCUGCUGCCGCCUCACGCCGACACGCCGAUUUCUGUGUGUUUAGAGAGGAUUCUUUUCCUCUUUUCUCAAUGGGUUUAAGUAAAACUGAAAUCAACUUGAAGCGGCUGCUGGCAACUGCCCUUCAUCAGAAGGAUCAGGCUAAACUUAUACACUAUGUGACUACUCUAAGAGAACAGUUGGAGCAACUUGCAGAAGAGAAAACACCCGAUGGUAUAUCAAGAGUUUCCAAGGCUUUGCUUGGUGAUUAUGCAGAGAAGAUAGAGGCCAUUGCUUCAAAAUUAGCUGUUCCUUUGCCUGAUGAGGAAGAGUCUUCUGAGCCCUCUACAAGUACUUCUGUUAAAGAAUUUUCUUCUGUGGCAGAAGGAGAAAUAAACGCCCCCCAUUCACCUCCGGGGCUAAGGAGGAGAUUUCUGCCUUCUUCCUCUGUUGUGGAGGAUAGAUCUCAUGGGACCAUCAAAGAAGACUCGUCAGCACCUGUCAAGUUGGAUGCUGCAGCAAUAUCCCACAUCGAGAAACACAGGAAGCUUCAAGAGGACUUGACCGAUGAAAUGGUUGGGCUAGCGAGGCAAUUGAAAGAGAGCAGUCUGAUAAUGAGCAAAUCUUUGGAAAGCACUGAAAAGAUACUGGAUUCCACAGAGAAGGCCGUUGAGGAUAGCUUGGCAACCACCGGUCGGGUCAACAAACGUGCCGUUCAGAUUUACUCGGAGAGCUCAAAAACAUCAUGCUUCACUUGGUUGGCAAUCUUCGUAAUGACCUGUGUGUUCGUGAUGGUUGUUCUUCUCAUUCGAGUUACUUGAAAUACUAGGAACUAAUUUGCAUUCCCAGGAAAGAGAUUCGAGCAUUGUUGAAUAUUGUAUACACAUUUUCGAGGAAAAAGUAAGCCAGAAGAAUAGAUGGUGAGAAUUCUUGUUUUAAAGCCUUUUUCUUUUAAAAUGCUAUCACCAAAUUAGCAUUGGUUUGCUUUUGAGCAAAUGGUUUCAAAAUUUGCAGUUGGCAUAUUUAUUAUGAAGUUGCAAUUCUUCCAUUGCGAUUUGAGAAAUUAUUAGAAAUACCCUCUGGUUUAUA